UGAAUUGGUCUGUAAUAAAAAUGCCUACAUUUGGCAAAGCAUGGCUGAAUUCAUACUUUUAUGAUCUAUUUUUUAUAAUUACUCUUGAACUCUUUUCAUUUACUUAAAAGUUUUUACCUACUAUAUACUGGUGCGUUAGCUUUUGCUGAAUUAAUGGCUGAUCCUGGUAUGUAUGGUGGUGGGAUACGAAGAAAAAGAAGACCACCUAGAGAGAGACCGAUAUAUCGUGAAAAAGAAUUUCCGAGGGAUUCAUACAAUGGUCGAAAUGACUAUCGUCGUAACACUCGUGACUAUUCCCAAUAUGAAAGCAGAGAAAAACCUGUUUCUACUCCCCAUACUGUGCUGAAACAACCGAUUAUUCUUGCCAAACCAGAUUCUAACGAUGCAUCAAAGCAAAAAUUGGUGAAUACAGCUUCAAGUCCAAGUUCUGAAUUAUCUAAAAUGAACUUGAAGUCCAAGAACUCUUUUCUCUCUUCAGUGCUUGUUGAAAACUCAUCUCCCACUGAGAAGUAUUAUGGUCAGCCACGGGAGACCAAACCAUUUUCAGGGAAACUUGAUCUACAUAAAGCUAAUCUUUCAAGUAAAAGUACGAAGGGCAAUGCUGGACAUAUUUCUCCAGGACUGGAUAGUUCAGCGUCAAAAUCUCCUGAUGACACUAAAGGAAAUAUAAAAUCUGUGAAGAUAUUGGAUGGGUUGCUACAUUGGACAGACUGUGGAAUUGAGUUGCUGGAGGAUCAAACACAUUUUCUUGUUGUUGGCGUUCUCGGCCCUCAGGGAGUUGGAAAAUCUACUAUAAUGUCUUAUUUGGCAGGAAGUGACAUAACAUCAAAAAAGCUCAUUUUCCCUUGUCAGACUAAGGAUGUUAUGGAAAAAGCAAGUAAUAUGACAGUAGGUGUGGACAUGUAUGUUACAGAAGAGCGCACAAUAUUUCUAGAUUCUCAACCAUUACUAAGCCCUUCCUUGCUGGAACAGUGUAUUUAUAACGAUCGGAAAAUGUCUGCUGAAUAUAAUGGUCCAGCUGCUGGAAUAGAAAUGCAAUCUUUACAACUUGCAACAUUGUUUCUCAGCAUAUGCCAUGUUGUUAUCAUCAUGCAAGAUUGGUUUUCAGACUGUAGUUUGUAUAGUUUUUUGCAAUGUGCAGAAAUGCUGAAAUUGACGUCACCCACUCCAAAUUCUGAAUCUUCAAGCAUGGAGAGUGAGUUUGAUGAGUUUCAUCCACAUGUGAUUUUUGUUCAGAACAAAUCUGAACCUGCUCAUUUCGACCCAUCUUGCAUAAUAUCAAUGAGUGAAAUGAUUUCCAAUAUGUUGGCACAUUCGAAGCUAUUGUACAAAGAUUCUAUAUCUUUAUCAAAGUCUGUCUUACUCCCGAAUAUAUCACUUUGUACAUCUCCUUCAUCAGAGAUAAAUAUCUUUCUAAUCCCAUUGUUUAAUUUGAAUGAUAAUGAUCACGAGAGAGAUAACAUGGAAGAUUCACAAUUCUAUCAAUUACCAAAGUAUACAGCACUUCCAAAGAAUAAGCAAAUUUUGAAGGUUUUCAGAAACAUGAUAUUGUCAAUACGAAGACUUCGGUUGACGAGACAAGCCCUCACAGAAAAGAGCUGGUUCUAUUAUGCAGCAAAAACUUGGGAAGCUAUUAAGAAGUCACAGAUGAUGGCAGAGUUCAAUAGACUCUUAGUAUGAAAAAUAUAAUCUCCAUUUGGGUCUAGCGUUACUAUGUCAUGUCAACUGAGAUGAGUGCAAUUAUCUAGUUGCCUGGAGGUGGAUGGACCUGCACAAAAUGGGUUAAUGAGUUGUGUGGCUGUUAAAGAAGACACCAAAUAACAUCAAGUCUGUCAGAGAUCCGUUAGCAUGUUUACAUUCACAAAAAUGGAAUUUAAAAGCAGUCAAAUGAAAAGUUUACAGCAGUAAUGUAAUAACAAAAAUAUGUGGUACUGAAUUUUAUUCAUGAAUUCUAAGUUGUAUUCUGUACCAAUUGUCUACCCUACAAUGUUCUAAUAUAUUGCAAGAAUACUUAGUUCAUCGAUGUUGUUGUUAUUCGAUUAACCACAUUUUGAAAUUGUUUAUAUACUUCUUGCUUGUUAUUCAUACCAUAAUCUGAUCAAGAAGAAUAUUAUGGACUGACUUUGUUGUAAUUGUACAUAUAUGUAUAAUAAACAUUUGUGACACUUAGCACCGAGACAGAAUAUAAGAAAAGAUAUGGAAAAAAACAUGAGCCAGCGAAGUAAUCAUAAUAUUAAUUGGAUGGAUGUAUAAAAUUGUUUUGCUGUUACUUAUUUCUCAUCUUUUUGUUUCUGAUUUGUAUAUUUCUAGUUUCAUCAUCACUCGAUAAUAUUGUAACCGAAUGGUGUAUGGCGAAUGCAUUUUUGAAGUGGAGUUUUGUCAAUUCCUGUGAAUACUGUACUAUUUUGAAUAAUAUGAGAAAAUAUGGCAAAUCCUCAUUGGGUGAUUAUCUUACUUAUAUUGCGAUUGUGCUUUGGACAUGCAUACACGUUUUGAGUAGUAUUUCAUAGUAAAGUUUAUUGUGUGGGUCACUUAGCGUGCUUUACUCACUAACUCCGGCUGCUAAAUGUUCGAAUUCCUUGGUCGCUUUAUUUUGUAUUUGUCCAUUUUGUUAGCUCAAAAUUUUCAAUACGAGAUUCUCGCAUUUAGAGCUCGUUGCUUAGCAAAUAUUUACCGCGAUAAAAUAAUUUGUAGUUUAAUUCAGCAGAAGCUCUUUCAGUUUAUCAUCACUUUGCG